AUGUUAGUGACACGAGAACACUACCAAAUUAUCCGCCAAGUUAGUGUUAAGACCUCGAUAUACUGUAAUUGGGUUCGCAAUGUGAAUGGCAGCUUUAUUGAUGAAAACUCGGCCAAGGUCGAUCGCUGGCGUGAACACUUCGACCACCUCCUCAACUUCGAUGAGCAACCCAUCAAACCCUUCCCCUCCUCCGCAGCGGAAUUUCAAGCCUCUCCAGGCAAUACUGUCGUGUAA